AUGUCGAAAAACAAGUCGGGUACUGGCCUCAGCCAUUUCUCGCGUUUGAACCAAGCUGUCUUCUUGCAUCAGCCGUCGAUUGCGAAGACUAGAACGUCUCAGGGUCCAGACCUCAUCCUAAUAUUAGGAUGGAUGGAUGCUCAGCCGCGACAUAUUGCGAAAUACACAGCUGGAUAUGAGAAAGUCUACCCCUGUGCACGCAUUCUCGCCAUCACAACGAGCUCUGUCGACGCCGGCUUCAGAACAACCAGCGCAAAUCUCAACCGCGUGAAACCAGCCCUCGAGAUCCUCUAUACCCUCCCAGCAGACGCGAAGCUGCUCGUUCAUUUUUUCUCCAACGGGGGUGCCGUGACGAACACUCUGAUCUCCAAAGCAUAUGCCGAGAAAACGGGGCGGCCAUUGCCAGUCAGUGUGCAGAUUUUUGACAGCACUGUUGGGCGCGCUUCCUACGAAGCUACCGUGCGAGCUUUCUCUCUUGGUCUCCCUAAGAACAUGAUUGCGUACCUGCUCGGCGUGUCCAUUCUGAGGAUGUUGUUGGGGCUGUAUAUCUUGGGGAAUUUACUUCUAGGCAAGGAAGAUUUGGUGGAGGCUGCCCGGAGAGCACUCAAUGAUAAGACUUUACUUGACCUCGACACCCCACGUCUCUAUAUCUACAGCGUUGCUGAUGACAUGGUUGCGUGGCAAGAUGUAGAAGAACAUGCUAAAGACGCGAAGAGGCUGGGAUACACUGUUUAUAUGGAGAAGUACCAGGACAGUGGCCAUGCAGCGCACAUGUUGGUGGAUGCAGAGAGGUAUUGGGGAGCUGUUGACAGACUAUGGAACACGGUUUCUUAA